AUGGCCACCACAUACUUUGAGCAGUGCAGACGUUCCUUCGCCGACGUGCCCACCGAGGGCGGUGUCGAUACGGCGGCCUUCCUCGAGGCGUGCGAGGGCCUCGUCAAGCUCUUCGACCUGCUCGGCAACACGGCAUUCAAGGUGGUGCAGAACGACAUGAACGGCAACAUUGCGAAGGUCAACACUCGCCUCGCUCAGACGGGCGUUGAAAAGUCGGGAACACUCGAAAAGCUCGUUCAGAACGAGGGCCCCGGCGGUACCUCGAAGCGACCCGCCACCGAGGGCCUCAUGUGGCUGCUGCGAGGACUUGACUUCACGGCGCAGGCGAUGCGCAACUCGGUGAACAACAAGAACGAGGAGCUGGCCACGAGUUUCACCAGCGCAUACGGCACCACGCUCCGCCCACAUCACGGUAUGCUUAUCCGCCCCGUGUUUGCGCUCGCCAUGAAGGCGUGUCCGUACCGCAAGGACUUUUACGCCAAGCUCGGCGAGCCCCAGUCCAAGGUGGACGAGGAGCUCGAAAAGUGGCUCGCCGCCCUUGAGAAGAUUGUUGCCCACAUGAAGGCCUUCUACGCUUCUGGCAAGUACGACAAGGGCUUCUAG